UUCGGUUGUUAGUCUAGUGCUCGCUUCGAUAGAAGAAGCUCUGUGUUCAGGUGUGUGCCUGCUUGUUGUGGCUCAGUGUUUGUGUGUUGUAUUGCAGCAACUGUCAAUCCAUUCUGCCUGGGAAUAACACCGGACUAAUCGGAGGCAGUUUCUGCCCUUCAGACAGCAUCUGUCGGCAGAUAGAUGCAGCGGUGGUGAGGCUGAGUGAGAGAGGAGUGAGGCGGUGAGUGGGGUGAGGGUGGAGGAGAUGCAGUGCCUUUGCAUAGUGGUGGCUGCAGUGUGGGGGCUGCUGGUGGCGGCCACCCUGGCUGAGGGCCUCGCAGUUCUGCCGCACGACACCUACCCCGGAUUCACGGUCAAGAAAUUCCCCGGUGACCAUGUCAUGAACUAUCGGCUACUCGAAACAGGGUUCUCACAGUUUUUCACCGUGCUCGAUGACGGUCUCGUAAUGACCACCAGUGACCUCAGUCCGUUGGUGAACAGGCCGGUCAAUCUGGUUGUACUCGAGGAGUCCCCCAAUAGCACGUCAACACACACCUUACAGUUGUAUGUGCUGGACAGGCGGGACAUGCUCAGAUUCCCCGAGGAGGUCUACGAGGACGCGCAUGUCAUUGAGAACGCGGCCAAGGCGACUCAGGUGACCGGCUUGCCCGUGCUGCUGGCCAUCGGUGAGGGCGCCGGUGGCUCGUCGUUGAAGUACACCAUCAUCAGUGGCAACGAAGAGCACGCGUUCGCCUUGCAAGAGGAAAAGACACGCAACGGUACGGGAGUGCGGUUGGUCACGGCAAAAACACUCGACAGGGAACACAAGCCUUCCUACGAGUUGAAAGUGCAGGCCAGUGACGGUCGGGGAAUCGAUAAGGCGAUCACACGAGUCAAAGUGGAGGUUGAAGAUGAAAACGACAACAGUCCAGUGUUUGCUCAAAAUGUGUAUCGGUUCACAAUAUCGGACUUGAAGAGUGGUUCAGGUUUGGGAAAUAAAACAGAAGAAGGUAGGAGGUUUUCGUCGGUGGGUAAGGUAUCGGCAGUGGAUGCGGACGGUGACAAAGUGGCCUAUCGGUUGGCAGUGCCUAGCAAUCUGGUUGUGAUCGUUCCUCAGACUGGCGAGAUACUGUUGACGGGAGAUCCGCCGGUUGUCGAGGGAGAGGACACGGAAGUGGAGUUGGCGGUGGAGGCGCACGAUCUGCGGACCCCAAGUCGCACGUCUCAGCCGGCGCAGGUUUGGUUGCAGUUCGCGGCGCCGAUGCCUGAGGAUGACUCCGACGACGCUCUUCAAGAACUAGCGACGCCGCACCGCGUGUUCAAGCGUCGCGUGACCCGCGCCGUGCGCCCUACCAAGCGCACCGACUUCACCGAAGGCGACGGCGAGGUUGAGGGCAAAAUCGUUUUCCAACUCGAGAAAGAAACCGAGCGCGAAACGUUCAAGAUACGCGAUGAAAAUCCGUGGGUGACGGUCGAGCCAAACGGAGCAGUGCGUGUCAAAAAGAAGUGGGACUACGAGGAGCUCGGACCUGAGAAGACUAUCGACUUCUGGGUGACUAUCACCAACGCUGGAGUAGGAGAAUUCCUUCAUUCAACAUUUAUUAAAUACGGAUUAAGAUACACGGACAAUCAGCGAGUGAUAAUCCACGUGAAAGACGUGAACGAUGAGCCACCCUACUUCAUCAAUAGGCCGCUGCCCAUGCAGGCAGUGGUGCAGCUCAAUGCACCACCCAACACGCCUGUCUUCACGCUGCAAGCCAGGGACCCCGACACCGACCACAACAUACACUAUUUCAUCGUCAGAGACAGAACCGGAGGCCGAUUCGAGGUGGACGAGCGGUCAGGUGUGGUGCGGACCCGCGGCACAGAUCCGUUCCAGCUGGACAUGGAGUAUGUGCUCUAUGUGAAGGCCGAGGAUCAGAAUGGACGCGUCGACGAGCGACGCUACCAGUCGACGCCCGAGGAGCGUCUGUCCAUCGUCGGUGGCAAGCGUGCGCCUCAGUUCUACAUGCCCACCUACGAGGCCGAAAUACCCGAGAACCAGAAGAAGGACUCCGAUAUAAUCUCAGUGAAAGCGAAAUCGUUUGCGGACCGAGAGAUCAGGUAUACGCUGAAGGCACAAGGCCAAGGCGCUGGUACCUUCAACAUUGGACCGACUUCGGGUAUUGUGAAGCUGGCCAAGGAACUUGACUUUGAAGAUCUUCGACAGCCCCACGUCUACUCACUCAUAGUCACUGCCACUGAAGAUUCGGGAGGAUUUUCAACUUCUGUUGAGUUGACGAUCAGAGUGACAGACGUGAACGACAACGCGCCCAAGUUCGAGCUGCCCGACUACCAGGCGCACAACGUGGACGAGGAUAUCCCCCUGGGCACGUCCAUCCUCAAGGUGAAAGCCACCGACAGCGACUCGGGCGCCAACGCCGAGAUAGAGUACCACGUGAGCGACGACCACUUCGCAGUCGACAGCAACGGCAUCGUGAACAACAACAAGCAGCUCGACGCUGACAACAACAACGCCUACUACGAGUUUGUUGUCACCGCCAAGGAUAAGGGAGAGCCACCUAAGACUGGAACCGCAACUGUGCGAAUCUACACGAAAAAUAAAAACGAUGAAGAGCCUAAAUUUUCGCAACAAGUGUACACGCCAAAUGUCGAUGAGAACGCUGGACCAAAUACUCUUGUUACAACCGUUGUAGCUUCGGACAAGGAUGGUGAUAAUAUAAGAUUUGGUUUUGUGGGCGGCGGCACGAACUCGGGCCAGUUCGUGAUCGAGGAGAUCACGGGUGUGAUCCGUCUGCACGGCAAGGCGAUCACGCUGGACCGCGACAAGUACGAGCUGAACGUGACGGCGAUGGACGACGGCGCCUGCUGCGUGAACGGCGACGCCACCAUCCACACGAGCACGGCCGUCGUCGUCGUCUUCAUCACAGACGUCAACGACAACAAACCCGUCUUCAAGGACUGCGGCAGCUACAAUCCCAAGGUGGAGGAGGGGGCGCCCAACGGCAGUCCUGUUAUCAAGGUACAAGCUACUGACGAGGACAAAGGUGUCAACGGACAAGUGAAAUAUUCGAUUGUACAACAACCAAAUCAAAAAGGAACAAAAUUCACUGUCGAUGAAGAAACUGGAGAAGUAUCAACAAACAAGGUGUUCGACAGAGAAGGAGAUGAUGGCAAAUUCGUGUCAGUUACAGUGAAGGCUACUGAUCAGGGUGAUCCGUCUCUGGAGGGAGUCUGCUCGUUCACCGUCGAAAUAACUGACGUCAAUGACAAUCCGCCACUUUUCGACAGACAGAAAUACGUUGAGAAUGUGAAGCAAGACGCCAGUAUAGGCACGAAUAUACUCAGAGUAUCAGCAUCCGACGAAGAUGCCGACAACAACGGAGCAAUUGUCUACAAUUUGAGCGCUCCUUACAAUCCAUCCGAUUUAGAGUAUUUUGAUAUUCAGCCUGAAUCUGGAUGGAUUGUGUUGAAAAAGCCACUCGAUAAAGAGACAUACAAACUGGAGGCGAUGGCGCAGGACAAGGGGUUUCCACCCCUGUCGCGGACAGUCGAGGUUCAGAUCGACGUGGUUGACCGAGCCAACAAUCCGCCCGUCUGGGACCACUCGGUCUAUGGACCUAUCUACAUUAAAGAAAACAUGCCCGUAGGGGCUAAGGUUGUUUCGGUCAAAGCCAGCUCUGGAAUUGAAGGCAAUCCUACAGUAUUUUACCGUCUAAUGCCUGGAUCAACUGCUCAAACGAAUAAGUUCCACACAUUCUACCUGCAACAGAGAUCGGACAAUGGCUUCACUUGGGCUGAUAUCAAAGUCAAUCAUCCUUUAGAUUAUGAAACAAUCAAAGAAUACAAUCUGACAAUUCGUGUUGAGAACAAUGGAGCUCAGCAGCUGGCUUCCGAGGCGACAGUCUACAUCAUGCUGGAAGAUGUGAACGAUGAGAUUCCCCUGUUCACUGAGCGAGAGCAAGAGACUGUGUUGGAGGGAGAGCCGGUCGGUACCAAAGUUACUCAAGUCAACGCGAUCGACAAGGAUGGAACAUAUCCGAAUAGUGAGGUGCAUUACUACGUGGUCGAGUCGCCUCGUAACGAGGGCAAAGACUUUUUCGAAAUCAAUAUGCAGACGGGCGAAGUGUUCACUAAAGUAAUUUUCGAUCGCGAGAAGCAGGGUGCCUACGCGCUGGAGGUCGAGGCUCGAGACGCGGCUCCAUCGGCCAGGCCCAACAGCAACGGAAUGCCCAAUUCAGUGACAAAAUUCAUUCGUAUUGGCAUUGCGGACAAGAAUGACAAUCCACCGUACUUUGACAAGGCGCUGUAUGAGGCGGAGGUCGACGAAAAUGAAGACAUCCAACAUACGGUACUUACUGUCACCGCCAAGGAUCACGAUGAAUCGUCGCGUAUUCGAUACGAGAUCACAAGCGGUAACAUAGGCGGAGCAUUCGCCGUGAAGAACAUGACCGGCGCCAUCUACGUGGCCGGAGCUCUAGAUUACGAAACGAGGAAGAGGUAUGAACUGACACUGGUCGCCUCGGACAGUCUCAACGAAAAGUCGACAACUGUCGUCAUCCACAUCAACGACAAAAACGACAUGCCUCCCGUCUUCACGUCGCCCGUCUAUCCCGCAGUCAUGGACGAGGAACUGCCUGGACCCUACCCUUACCCCCUGCUUCAGGUUCUAGCCACUGAUGGCGACAAAGACCGACCCCAAAACAUUGUCUACUUUCUCACUGGACAGGGAAUCGAUCCCGACAAUCCAGCCAACAGUAAAUUCGAUAUUAACCGGACAACAGGCGAAAUAUUCGUUCUAAAGCCUAAUUACUAUGAUUUGAAUGCAGGUAUGGUGGUGAUGACAAUGACAGCGGUCGAUUACGAUGAUCCAACGGAGGGAACAAAUGCACGACUCAUCUAUUCGAUAGAGAAGAAUGUGAUAGAAGAGGAAACUGGAUCGCCGAUAUUCGAAAUCGAAUCGGAGACUGGUGUGAUCAAGACUGCUGUCUGCUGUCUCGACAGAGAGAGAACACCCGACUACUCUAUACAAGUUGUUGCGAUGGAUGGUGGGGGGUUAAAAGGGACUGGUACGGCAUCGAUACGAGUGAAAGACAUAAACGAUAUGCCUCCGAUGUUCACCAAAGACGAGUGGUUCACAGAAGUGGACGAGACUGACGGCAACAACCUGCCCGAAACACCCAUUCUAACAGUCACUGUACACGACGAGGAUGAAACCAACAAAUUCCAGUACAAAGUGAUUGAGAACAGUGGAUACGGCGCUGACAAGUUCACGAUGGUGCGAAACAACGAUGGAACCGGUUCGUUGAAGAUCGUCCAACCUCUCGAUUACGAGGAUCAGUUGCAAAGCAAUGGCUUCAGAUUCCGGAUACAGGUCAAUGAUAAGGGAGAAGACAACGACAAUGACAAGUACCACGUGGCGUACUCGUGGGUGGUGGUGAAGCUGCGGGACAUCAACGACAACAAGCCGCAGUUCGAGCGACCCAACAUCGAGGUGUCGGUCUACGAGAACGCCGAGGUCGGCAAGUCGCUGGAGACGUUCAAGGCCAGCGACCCCGACCAGGGCGGCAAGAGUCGCGUGUCGUUUGCCAUCGACCGCUCGUCCGACCGCAAGCGACAGUUCCUUAUCAGUCAAGAAGGCACUGUCACCAUUCAGCGUCAACUUGACCGCGAGGAAACUCCAAGGCACCAGGUGAAAAUAUUAGCGAUAGAUGACGGCGUACCGCCCAAGACUGCAACUGCAACUCUAACUGUGAUAGUACAAGAUAUAAAUGACAAUGCACCAAUGUUUUUGAAAGACUACCGGCCGGUUCUGCCCGAGCACGUUCCGCCGCGCAAAGUGGUGGAGGUGUUGGCCACUGAUGAUGAUGACCGCUCCAAGAGCAACGGGCCGCCCUUCACCUUCCGCAUGGACCCCAACGCCGACGACAUCAUCCGCGCCUCCUUCAAGGUCGAGCACGAUCAGAAGGGAGCGAACGGUGACGGAAUGGCAGUGGUUUCGUCGUUGCGAUCGUUCGACCGCGAGCAGCAGAAGGAAUACCUGAUUCCGAUUGUGAUCAAGGACUCGGGCAACCCAGCCAUGUCUGGCACUAGCACUCUCACCGUCGUCAUCGGUGACGUCAACGACAACAAAAUGCAGGCUGGAUCCAAGGAGAUAUUUGUUUAUAACUACAUGGGUCAAGCGCCGGAUUCAGAAAUUGGAAGAGUGUACGUGUACGAUCUGGAUGACUGGGAUUUGCCAGACAAAAAGUUCCACUGGGACUCGGAGCCGCAUCCACAGUUCCGCCUCAAUGAGGACACCGGAAUGAUAACCAUGAGGCAAAACACGAAGAGUGGCAAAUACCAUCUCCAUUUCAAAGUAUACGACAGGAAGCACACUCAGACGGACGUCAUGGCAAAUGUUACCGUCACCGUCAAAGAAAUCCCCCAUGAGGCUGUUAUUAAAUCUGGAUCUGUUAGAUUAGCUGGCAUCACCGAUGAAGAUUUCAUCAGAGUUUGGAACUACAGGACGCAGAGUAUAGUAAGGAGUAAAGCAGAUAGAUUCAGAGACAAACUGGCUGAUCUGCUGAACACUGAGCGUGAUAAUGUUGAUGUAUUCAGUGUUCAGCUGAGGAGAAAGCAUCCUCCUUUGACCGAUGUUCGAUUCUCGGCUCAUGGAACGCCAUACUACAAGCCGGUCAAAUUGAACGGUCUUGUACUGAUGAAUAGAGAAGAGAUCGAGAAAGACGUUGGUAUCAAUAUAACAAUGGUCGGCAUAGAUGAAUGUUUGUAUGAGAAUCAGAAUUGCGAAGGAAGUUGUACGAACACUUUGGACAUAAGCAACCUGCCGUACAUGGUGAAUGCUAACAAGACUGCCUUAGUUGGUGUGAGAGUGGAUGUGAUUGGUGAAUGCACGUGUGGAGCGAGGAACUUCAGUAAGAGUGAAUCAUGUCGAACCAGCUCCUGCUACAACGGUGGACGGUGUAUAGAUGGCAGAUAUGGAUCAAGUUGUUCGUGCCCGCACGGCUACUCGGGGCCACGCUGCCAGCAGACGGCACGCAGCUUCCGCGGCAACGGGUGGGCGUGGUACCCGCCGCUGGAGAUGUGCGACAACUCGCAUCUGUCGCUGGAGUUCAUCACCCGCAAGGGCGACGGUCAGCUGCUCUACAACGGACCCAUAGUGCCGCCCGAGCCCGAGGAAGUCAUGGUGUCCGACUUCAUCUCACUGGAGCUCGAACGAGGCCAACCGAGGCUGCUCAUCGACUUCGGCUCGGGCACACUCGAGCUGAAGGUCAAGACUAAGAAGAGUCUCGACGACGGCGAGUGGCAUCGGCUGGAUAUCUUCUGGGAUACUGAGAACGUUCGACUAGUGGUGGACUUCUGUAAGUCGGCGGAUAUUUCCGAGCUGGAAGACGGCAACCCACCGGAGUUCGACGACUCGAGCUGCCAGGCGCGUGGCACAAUCCCCCCCUUCAACGAGUACCUCAACCUCAACACCCCCCUGCAGCUGGGCGGCCGCUACAUCCACGAGUUCGACCCCACCCACUACCAUUGGCAGGCCAUGCCCUACGGCAAGGGAUUCGACGGAUGUAUCAGAAAUGUCUUCCAUAACAGCAAGCUAUACGACCUGGCACACCCGGGCCUGUCUCGCAACAGCGUGGCCGGCUGCCCCCAGACGGACGAGAUCUGCAACAGCCAGGAGACGACGUUCCGCUGCUGGGAGCACGGCACCUGUGUGGGCAGCUUCUCGGAGGCCCGUUGCCAUUGCCUCCCCGGCUUCACGGGUCCCGCCUGCUCGUCGCCCACAAUUCCAACCACGUUCCGGCCGCAGAGCUACGUCAAGUACGCACUCUCCUUCGAGCCAGACCGCUUCUCCACACAGAUGCAGCUGCGUUUCCGCACGCGUGAGGAGCACGGUGAACUCUUCCGCGUCAGCGACCAGCAUAACCGCGAGUAUGCCAUACUAGAGAUUAAGGAUAGUAAAUUACAUUUUCGUUACAAUUUAAAUAGUUUACGAACAGAAGAGAAGGACAUUUGGCUUAGUGCAAUCACUGUUGAUGAUGGACAAUGGCAUACUGCGAGGGUAUCAAGGUACGGCUCGUCAGCAACACUGGAGCUGGAUGGUGGAGAAGGCCGACGCUACAACGAGACAUUCACGUUCGAUGGCCACCAGUGGCUGCUAGUGGACAAGCAGGAGGGAGUCUACGCCGGAGGAAAAGCCGAAUACACUGGAGUCAGAACGUUUGAAGUAUACGCCGACUAUCAGAAAGGAUGCUUGGAUGACAUCCGGCUGGAAGGUAAGAAUCUGCCACUUCCCCCGGCCAUGAAUGGUACCCAGUGGGGUCAAGCGACCAUGGCCCGCAACUUGGAACGCAACUGUCCAUCCAACAAGCCAUGCGCCAACGUCAUCUGCCCCGAUCCUUUCGAGUGUGUCGACCUAUGGAACGAAUACGAGUGCACCUGUGGCGACGGCCAGAUAGUGUCGCCGGACGGCAAGGGCUGCACGGAUAAGAACGAGUGCCUGGACACGCCCUGCCGCAACGGCGGCGUCUGCAUCAACCAGGACCCGCGCUUGAAGUACCGCUGCAUCUGUCUCGACGGGUUCUGGGGCGAGAACUGCGAACUCGUGCAAGAGGGACAGACGCUCAAACUCGGCAUGGGAGCUAUUGCCGCCAUCCUUGUCUGUCUGCUCAUCAUUCUCAUUCUUGUGCUGGUAUUCGUUGUGUACAACCGACGACGGGAGGCUCACAUCAAGUACCCGGGACCGGACGAUGACGUCAGAGAAAACAUCAUCAACUAUGAUGACGAGGGUGGUGGGGAGGAUGAUAUGACCGCCUUCGACAUCACUCCGCUCCAGAUUCCGAUCGGUGGACCCUUACCUGAGAUGGCGCCCAAAGCACCAUUUGCUGGACUGGGAGCCGAGCCAAACGUGGGAGUAUUCAUAGAAGAGCACAAGAAGCGCGCUGACAGCGACCCGAAUGCACCUCCCUUCGACGAUCUGCGCAACUACGCCUACGAAGGUGGUGGCAGCACUGCUGGCUCACUCUCUUCUCUUGCUUCCGGAACUGACGACGAACAACACGACUACGACUAUUUGGGCGCCUGGGGACCUCGCUUCGACAAGCUGGCCGACAUGUACGGACAGGACGGCGAAAGUGACGAUGACGACCAACAGUUGUAGAGUGAAGCUGAAUAAAAAGGAGAACAACAAACAAGAUGCUAAACGAGGAGAAAAAUAAGAAAAAGGCCCAGCACGCCAUUGGCCGGCGCACCGACCUUUCUAGUCACUACCCCUUGACCCCUCAAUCCCCCCCUCGCCCACCGACGAUUCGCUGUCAUCGACAAAUCAUCAUCACCACUGUCAUCGUCAUCGUCAUCAUCAUUAUAAUUAUUAUCUAGUUGUGUUCUUUCUCUGUAGUCGAAUGAGCACCAGGCACUAUACAUAAUGAUAAUUAUUUAUACAAGAAUCAACCUUACUAAUUGUAAGUCCCUCUUUAUGGAAACCUAGAUAAUACUAGUUAUAACAUUCUAUUGUUAUUGUAUUUUGUACAUAGUUCAUCGUAGCGAUGUAUUUGUAUUUGUGGUAAGAUAAUGUCUUUGUUAUUAAAUUAUGAUAAUAGGGUAAUGUAUGUAAAUAUAAGGCGGAUCUCGUAGCUUGAGUUGCGGUUGUGAGUUGCCAGUCGAUGCUAUUGUAACCGAACUGCCAACUCGACGAGACUUGAACGAAAAUGACGACUAUACAAUUAAUAUUAUUGUUGUUAACAUUCCACAGCAAAAUUGAUGACCUAGAACCGACGACCGCUUUGUUCAGCUGUACGAGACGGGAAAUCAAAAUCUGUGUUCGUGCCAUGUGAGAUGUGACAUGAGUGAACGCACUUUCCUUCCCAAAACACUCGACAUCGAUUGAGUUCUUUGUUAUUUAAUGUACCUUGAGAAUUAAUUAAGUAAUUGAUACCAAAGUGAAAUAUUAUUUAAUUAUUGUGCUAUUCCUAGUAUUAUUGUUUUUAUUAGUUAGAAGUACUGCCAAGAUUACACGAGCCAUUUUAAUUGCCAAAAUUUAUAUUUUAUCAUUUUUACUAGUGUUUCCUUAGACUUGUAAUUUGCUUUAAGUACUUCCUUAUGUAACUAAUUUAUUCACAAUACAAUUGUUCCUGGAUGGAUUGAUUACCUCCCUAUAGUGGAAACUUUUACAGCGGAGAGACGCAGGUUAUUGCAUCUAGUUUACCUCCGUUUGGGUAGGCAAAUCCGAAUAUUCAAUAUUCACGACUUGAAUGAUAUUCUGUGAAUAUAGCCUAUAUAUACUUUGAUCCCCAAGUUUGUUCCACGAUGAGAGGCAAAACAGUUGCACUGUAUAUCCUAAACCCUCUCAAUAAUACAGAAUGUACUAAUUCAGGUAGUCACUUCUUGUAAAAGAUCGGCCUGAUAGGAGAACUAAUAUUUAGUUUUCGUAUUUAUUUGAUUAAGUUCAACCUGCACUGAGUACAAUUUUUAUAUAUUUUGUAUGGAAUUAUGUUUAGGUGAAUUGUGUUUUGUUAGGUUUGAUUGAUUUUUAGUAAAUUAUUGUAAUAGUGCGUUCUGCGUUGUCGUGUGUUGCCCUGGAAAGUGAGACUGGUGGAUUAUUGCACAUAGUAAGUUUUAAUGAAUUAUUAUUUGGUGAUGUGAGUGUCGAAAACUCUGUACGCGCGGCGCAGUCGAUCGGCGCAAACGACGUUUAGGCGUUCGUCACCACUGCUCAAAUCAUUAUGUGAAAAUCCUGCAUGAACUUACGACUACUGGUGUAAUCGUGUAAUAGUGUGUCUGGCAAUGAAAAUAUUUCGAGUGUAAAUAGCACUGUGCUGAAAAAUAAUUAUUACUGUAGUAUACUUUAUAACUGUUUUAUAGCAUCAUUUUUUGUAUUGACAUCAUAGUGAACGGCUACAGCCGAGUGCUGCAUGUGUUUGUUACCUUUGGACAUCCGUUCGCAUCGCAUUCAAAUUAUUACUACCUAUUCAAAGUCUGUUCGAAAGCCAGUGGUAUUUAUACUUAUUUUUAGUUGUAUUAUUUCGUACUUUUAUAACGUCUUCAAUAAUCAUUUGGAUAUGUCUGUCACUAUUAUUUGUGAGAAUAAUAUUUUAAAUUGUCAACUUGGUAUGUGAGAAUGGAAAUUUCAAAUGAAUUUUAAAUUGAUAAUAGUGAAUGCAUUUACAACAUGAAUGCUUCUACAUUCAUUAAUCAGACUGUAGAAAAUAUUUAUAAAAAGCCAAAAAAUGUAAGGACAUUAUUUUUCGUGACGUGACUAAAUCUCACUGUAGAAAGCGAAUUUGUUCAUUCAUUUAAACAUCAAAGAAAUGUACAACAAUAUAAGCUAUGUUGAGUGCUCAAUUUGUGAAUAUAACUAUCAGGAACAUUGUUUGUUGAAUUUUGAAGGCAAUACUUGUAUAAUAAUUCAUUAUUCCACUUCUAUUAUAAUUUUUCCUAAUUGGCCUACUUUAUUCUUCAUAAUUAUACCUAGAAUACUGAUAUCCAACAGUAUGAGCCUUUCACUGCCACAUCACAAUUUUAAAAAUACACAGUAGGUAUUAUCAACAACAUCAAUUGAAAAACUCAAUUAUCCUAUUACUGAACUUUUUCACAUUAUGAGCAAUAAAUUCAUAGUUCAUAUUGUUGUAGUGAUGAAUGAAUCGCUCCUAAUUUAAUUGAAAUGAUACUUAUUGUUAUACAUUAUAAAGAAUAACUGGAAAAGAAUCUAAAUCGUGAAUCUCUUCAAAGGCCUAAUUUUGUUCAUGUGCUGAUUUACUACCUAAGUGUAAUGCAUUUCUUCGAUACUGGAAGAACAUUAAUGUCUUUUGAGUUAGUUUCUUCAUUGUAGUUGAUGUAAUUAAGUUACCUCAGUGAAUAGAAAAUCAAUCUACAUCACACCAACGAAGCUUUACUUGAUACUUAAUCAUAUAGGAUUAUAAGAUGUGGAUAUAUUUCUAUUGAGGUUCGAUAGAGAGUUGAAUCGCUCAGUUAUCUCACACUGAUAAUUAGAACUAUAAAGCUGGAAUAUUAAUUGAAACUGUAUGAACACAAGUAGUUAUAUUUUGUGAAAGUCUGUUUUUUUCAAUUACCAUGCUUAAUUUUAUCCUUACAUCCCCAAUAUCAAUAAUUGUGGUACCAUACCUAUAGAUUAUAUUCUUUGGAUAUCCUGCUGGAAUUGACUCCCGGUACAUCUUAUUUUGUUAAUUAAUUUUAUUCAAGUUUCUAAGUUGAUACUUGAAUGAAUUACUUCAUUUUGAAAAGCAAAUCCAUAUCAUUCUUUUAUUUCCAUGAAUCAGCAUUAUCUCUUACUUGGCAAUAACCAAAAUCAUACUUGAUUUUAUAGGAGAAUUCUUAAAUAUUUUUAAUGUGAAAUUAUUAUCCAUAAUAGACUAUUAUCAGUAUGUAUUAUUGUGAUUGCAAGGCUACUAAGACGAUUAUCAAGAAAAAGAGAGCAAAAGUAGAGACUAGUGGAUCAAGUCCCCACUUCUUAGAUAUCUGUGAAUCAGAGUCAGCCCAAAGACAAUGUAUCCACAUCUUGAUUAUUGAACAAACUCAUUUGCUUUCAAAAA